AAUGAAUACAUGUGUAUGUUUGUUAUAUAAUUAAGUAAAGAUGGCUCAAUUUAAAUAUAUGAAUGAACUAUCGAAUGUAAUUAGUAUGGAUGGUCCAAUAAGUAAAGGACCGGUAGCUCGAUGGCAACGUAAAGGAGCUAAUAGUAAUAGUGAUUCGAAUACGUCCAGUAAUACAUCGAAUACAUCAACUAAUUUAAAAUUAUCAUCAAGUUCAUUUAAUUCAACUAGUAACAAUUUAAAUAAAACACCUAAGAAGAAUGCAAUUACAACAAAUAGUAAUAAUAUUAAUGGUGAGGCAGGAAUGAAAAAUAAAAAAACUCCUUCAAAAACACCUUCUAAAAAUAAUAAAUCACCAGGUCGAUCGAAGACUCCAAACACUGGUGAUAAAUCAAAAACUCCCACAACCGGUGAUCGAUUUAUACCAUUACGUAGCACAACCAAUUUUGAUUUAGCACAUUAUAAGAUAUCACAAUUACAACAAAAUGAUGAAAACAGUGGCAAUGUAAAUGGCGUAAUCAGUCCAACAUUACAAGAAAAACAACGAAUCAUGUGUGAGAAUUUACAUGGCAACGAUAUAUCAAAACAGCGUAUAUUAGAAUACAAGAAUAAAGCACCACUGGCACCUGAAGGUUAUCAGAAUCAUUUACGUGUAGUGUAUACACAAACCAGAACACCAGCUUCUACAUCAGUUAAAUCGAACACUAGGUAUAUACCGCAGCAACCUGAUCGAAUCUUGGAUGCACCAGAUAUAAUUGAUGAUUAUUAUUUAAAUUUAAUUGAUUGGAGUAGCAACAACAUCUUAGCUGUAGCGCUUGGUGCACAAGUUUAUCUAUGGAACGCCGACACUGGUAACAUACAACAAUUGAUGGACAUGCAACAAUCAACCACAAACUACACAUUAAACGACCACGUGUGUUCAUUAAAUUGGAUCCAAGAUGGUGAUCAUUUAGCUGUGGGUCUUACAAAUGGAUCAGUUGAACUAUGGGAUUGUGUGCAAAAUAAAAAACUACGUACAAUGUUUGGACACCGUUCACGGGUCUCAUCAUUAUCAUGGAACUCGUACGUUUUAACAAGUGGAUGUCGUACUGGUGAAAUUAAUCAUAAUGAUGUUCGUCAACGUGACCAUCUUGUUAAAGAAUUAAAUGGUGGACAUCAUACUCAAGAUGUGUGUGGUCUAAAAUGGUCACCUGAUGGAAAAUAUUUAGCAUCCGGUGGAAACGAUAAUAUUUUAAAUAUAUGGUCUUUAGCUGGAAUUAAUUUAAAGUAUACUAAUGGAGAACCAUUGUAUUCUUACAAUAACUCACAUACUGCCGCUGUAAAAGCUUUAGCCUGGUGUCCGUAUCAACCAAAUGUCUUAGCUUCUGGUGGUGGUACAGCAGAUCGUACAAUCAAAUUUUGGAAUUGUAAUACAGGAGCGUUAUUAAAUAGUGUUGAUACUAAAUCUCAAGUAUGUUCGAUAUUAUUCUCGACGAAUUACAAAGAAUUAAUAUCCGGCCAUGGUUUUGCGAAUAAUCAACUAAUUAUAUGGAAAUAUCCAUCAAUGACGAAGAUCACCGAAUUAACGGGACAUACUGCACGCGUGUUACAUUUAGCAAUGUCACCAGAUGGACAAACUGUAUUAUCAGCUGGUGCAGAUGAAACACUACGAUUGUGGAAAUGUUUUCAAAAUGAUCCAAAUAAAUCGAAAAAAGCAUCGGCAAUACAUGAAUUUAAUUCAAAUAAAAAUAAACAUCUUAGUUUAUUUAAACAAAGUAUUCGUUAGAUAGAUAGACAUUUUGUAUUUUUUAUGUUUUUUUUUUUUUAAAUAAUUUUUUCGUAUUUUUUUAUUUUG